AUUAUUUAAGUGAUUUUAUUUUGCAUUUGAUUUAUCAUUGAUGUUAAUGUAUCCUAUAUGGUUCAAAGCCAUGCUCAAUGGCCAACCCAAACACACACAAUGCCAUAACUACCAUUAACACACUCCAACCUCUUUUCAGAAAGCACUUAAAUUGAAAACACUGUUGUUCACUCACCACCUCCCAAUCGCAAACGCGUUCAUUAAUAACUCCGGUGAGUUAGAAAGCGAGACUUUGUGGCAGUUGGGUGCACCAUUAAUGCACUAUCCUUUCCCUUCAUACCCCAUUCAAUGUUUAAUUAUAUAAUUUUCACUUCAACUCCAAAAACGCCAUCCUUUCUGGUCGUUUAAAUCACACAACAACGUUAAACUUCACUAUACACAACCUUAAACAUGCCAAAGCUUAUGUUUCAUGAAAAAAAUAAAAAAGACAGUUACAUUCCUACAAAUUACUACAACAUUAAUGGAUUCAUUUUGUAGAUUGUAUCAGAGUUCAGAAGAGAGAGCAGAGCAGAAGGAUCAGAGGUUUGUUGACAUUGAAGAUGAAGCCGAAGUUGCAAAGAGAAGAGUGAAGUUGGGUUUGUGAGAGUGAGUUGAAGCAUGGGAAUGCAACGAGGAGUAGCAGUGAGUGUUGUCACAAUGUUGUUAAUGGUUGGGUUAACAAUGGGUCUGAGUUCAAGAAUCGAAUGGUCUGCGUUAAGGGAGCUUCGUUCAUCGUUGGGGAUAAGGGCAAAGGAUUGGCCCAUAAAAACCGAACCGUGCAGGAACUGGACCGGGGUUCAGUGCCGGAACGGUCGAGUUGUGGGUAUAAACGUGUCUGGUUUGAGGAGAACCCGGUUGGGGAAACUGAACCAAAGAUUCGAAGUGGAUUCUCUUGUUAAUUUCACCCUUUUGGAAUCGUUUAACGCUUCUGGGUUCCUGCUAAAUGGGUCUAUACCUGUGUGGUUUGGUCAAAGCCUUGGUGCACUCCAAGUGCUUGACCUAAGUUCUUGUUUCAUAACGGGUUUGAUUCCUGAUUCGAUUGGGCGGUUGAGUGCGUUGAAGGUUUUGUUUCUCUCAGGGAAUGGUCUUGUUGGUACAAUGCCUUCAACGCUUGGGUUGUUGUCUAAUCUUUCUGCGCUUAAUCUCUCUGGUAACUCUCUUUCAGGAACCCUGCCUAACUCUUUGUCUAAGCUUGGGAAUCUUAGAAGGCUUGAUCUUUCUUCUAAUUACUUAUCUGGGUCUGUUCCACCCGAACUGGGUGCCCUUUCAAGACUUCAAAUUUUGAAUCUUUCUGGUAAUUCCCUCAUUGCUGCGAUUCCCUCUCAAUUGGGAAAACUUUCCAAGUUGUUUGAGCUUGAUCUUAGCAUGAAUUUUCUGUCUGAGUCGUUGCCGGCUGGUUUGUUUUCUUCCGGCCUUUUGGGCCUUAAGAUUCUCAGUCUCAAAGGGAAUUUACUUGUUGGUGCUCUUCCAGCUACUCUGGGGUCAUUGCGCAGCUUGCAGUUUCUUGAUGUGUCUAGUAACAACCUCACUGGGACACUGCCUAAUUUCUCUAGUUGGAAUGUUAGUUCUGGUGCUGUAUUCAAUCUCUCAAACAAUUUGUUCUAUGGACCGCUAAAUGUGUCGCUGGACAAGUUUAAAAUGAUUGAUUUAUCGAGUAAUUAUUUGGAAGGUGAGAUGCGAGGUGGUGGUGAUGUUAGUCAUGUUAGUGUAGCUAGAAAUUGCCUACCGAUGCUUCCAAACCCGAGGGAUUUGGAUGAGUGUAGAGCGUUUUACAUGCAGAGAAAUUUACCCUUUGUGUUCCCAGAAUCUGAGUCCCGGCACCGCAGAAGAGUGAUAAUCAUACUGGCAGGAGUAUUUGGUGGGCUUGGAAUUAUUGUGCUGCUGACAUUGGUCCUCAUACUGGUUCUAAAACAAUGUCAUAAUCGUAAAAGCUUGGAAGUUCAGAGUGGGACCAAAGAUGGAGGGCCUGUUCCAAAAGGGGAGAGUCCCCCACCUCCUAAGGAUCCUGUCUUUGUGACUGCUGUGGGAGAAGCAUUUAGUUUUGAGCAAAUUCUCGGUCUGACUGGCAAUUUUGCUGAAGCAAAUAUCCUAAAGCAUGGUCAUUCCGGGGACCUUUUCUUGGGAACCUUGGAAAAUGGAGCAACUGUGGUUGUCAAAACGGUAGACGUAAGUUUGUUUAAGAGAGAAUCGUACAUUGUGGAACUGGGAUUAUUAAGCAAGGUUUCACAUGCAAGAUUGGUUCCAAUCUUGGGUCACUGCUUGGAGAAUGAGAAUGUGAAAUGUAUCAUUUACAAAUAUAUGCCAAAUGGAGAUUUGGCUUCUUCCUUGCACAGAGUCAUUGGUCCAGAUGGUAAAUUACAGUCCCUGGAUUGGAUCACGAGAUUGAAGAUUGCAAUAGGAGCUGCUGAAGGCCUUGCUUACCUACAUGAGUGCAUCCCUCCCUUUGUUCACAGAGAUGUCCAAGCUAGCAGUAUACUUCUUGAUGAUAAAUUCGAAGUGCGACUUGGAAGUUUGACUGAGGUUACUGCACAAGGAGAUCUUCAUCAGAGAGUCAUCUCAAGGGUUUUCAGCAAGCCACUUUCUUCCAAUCCAGGCGAUUCUGGCAAAUCAUCAGUGACAUGUGCCUACGACGUCUACUGUUUUGGGAAGAUUUUACUCGAGCUCGUUACUGGUAAUAUUGAAGUCAGCAAAUCAGAUGAUGCAUCCACAAAAGUGUGGUUAGAGCAAACGUUGCCUUACAUCAGUAUAUACGAUAAAGAACGUCUCAUUAAGAUUGUUGACCCAUCAUUAAUCGUGGAUGAGGACCUAUUGGAAGAGGUAUGGGCUAUGGCAAUUGUGGCCAAUGCAUGCUUGAACCCCAAGGCUUCGAAACGCCCUCCUAUGAGACAUGUCCUCAAAGCACUGGAAAAUCCAUUGAAGAUUGUAAGAGAAGAAAAUACUAGCUCAGCAAGGUUGAGAACAAAUUCAUCUAGCAAAUCUUGGAGCACUGCAUUCUUUGGUAGCUGGAGACACAGCUCAUCAUCAGAGAGUGCUGCUGCCGCAGUGAAUUCAAACAAGGGAGGUACUAGUGACAGUAAAAAAUCAGGAAAAGUAGGUUCGCAAAGUAGUGGUGGAAACGAUCACUCGUCUUCCAAUAAAAGGUCAUCCAAUGAAAUUUUUCCUGAGCCAUUGGACAUGCAAGAUGUUGAGGCUAGAGAGUCAAGAUAAGCACCUAUGGAAUGGGUUUGAUUAUUCAUUAAUUAGUGAGGUUUUACCAUUUUCCGGAUAAUUGGUGGCACCCUAGCAAUUCCUUAUUAUUAGCAUGUCAAAACACACUACCCAACAUCCAUUAUGGAACACUACCGCCAUGUUGAAGCAAUGGAAAACCUUACUACUAUUGUUGGUAGCUUCUUUUGCUUUCUAAAGCACAGAUUAAGCUGUACGCAUUGAAAUGUCUGGUAGCUAAAAAAAACUGAAUUUUUACUCAUUCAAUAGAUUUGUUUGAAACCCAGCCCAUCUCUGUAGGUAAAAAAAAAAUGGGACAGAUUGUAAAAUAAUAAAGGGUCGUCAUUUUUGUGAGGAAUUGGAAGUGAGGAAAACAUUGAAUUACUCAAGCGUUUUAUUCGUAGGAAAUAUGUAAUUAGCAUUUUAAGUCUCCUAGAGCUUUUUGCAGCAUAUACCUAAUCUUUAAGUAUGGAGAUAUACUGGACCCAUAAAAAAAUAAAAAAAAGGAAGAAUUGAAACUUUAACUUUUUGCGCUUAAGAAAAAGCACAAACGGUUAGUUAGUUGAGUUUGUUAAAUUCAUUUGCCGCUAGAGGUUCUCCAUGUGGUGAUGUAUUAUAGAAACUCAGCUACGAUUCAAUAAAUUUUACUUUAAUUUUUUUUAAAUAUCAUCACUCCACAAAUUCUCAUCAUAGCUACCAUGUUACUCAGUACAAGUCUCCUAGGAUUUGAUAUGUCCGGCAACCUUAUAAGGGGAGAACCUUCUCUAAACUUAACCCUAUGGGUUUUGUUAGUAUUUUAUACAAUAUAUUGUUAACCAAAGUACUAUAUCGAAUAAAAAUCUUUAGUAUUUCAAGACAGU